GAGAUAAUCGGUAAUCGCUUUUUUUUUGUUCUCGAAUCGGACUCGAAACUCCUCCUCCUGUAAAUUGAUUUCCCUUAAGAAGAAGAAGAAGAAAUCGGCCACUUCAUUUCUUCGCUUCCAAUUCCCAAAUCCGCGAUCACAUUCAAAGCCUACUCCAGUCGCCAGUCUCUCUUCUAGAGAGAGAGAGAGAGAGAGAGGAGAAGAGAGAUAAUUUUGGGAGCCCCAAAAGAUGGCUGAAGAAUUACCAGAAGGUACGGUUCGGAAUCUACUGGAUCAAGAGUCUCUUAAAUGGGUUUUUGUUGGUGGCAAAGGCGGUGUCGGAAAGACCACCUGUAGCUCCAUCCUCUCCAUUCUUCUCUCCCGUGUCAGAUCCUCUGUUUUGAUUAUCUCCACCGACCCGGCUCACAAUCUCAGCGAUGCCUUUCAGCAGAGAUUCACCAAGGCACCCACCUUGGUUAAUGGCUUCUCCAAUCUAUAUGCCAUGGAGGUGGAUCCUACUGUGGAAAAUGAAGAAGUGGGCGAGGGGAUGGAUGGCUUGUUUUCUGAGCUAGCUAAUGCUAUUCCUGGAAUUGAUGAGGCAAUGAGCUUUGCAGAGAUGCUCAAAUUAGUACAAACAAUGGAUUAUUCUGUAAUUGUAUUUGACACGGCUCCAACUGGCCACACUCUGCGGCUGUUGCAAUUUCCAUCAACUUUAGAGAAAGGGCUUUCAAAGAUAAUGUCUUUGAAAAGUAAAUUUGGUGGCUUAUUGGGUCAGAUGACCCGGAUGUUUGGUGUUGAUGACGAGUUUGGUGAGGAUGCAAUUCUGGGAAGACUGGAAGGGAUGAGAGAUGUGAUUGAACAAGUUAAUAGACAAUUCAAAGAUCCUGAUUUGACAACAUUUGUCUGUGUCUGCAUUCCCGAGUUUCUCUCGCUUUAUGAAACAGAGAGACUAGUUCAAGAACUUACCAAGUUUGAGAUCGAUACUCACAAUAUUAUCAUUAAUCAAGUACUUUUUGAUGAGGAAGAUGUUGAAUCCAAGUUACUGAAAGCAAGAAUGCGGAUGCAGCAGAAAUAUCUCGACCAAUUUUACAUGUUGUACGAUGACUUCCACAUCACCAAGUUGCCAUUGCUGCCUCAAGAGGUGACUGGGGUUGAAGCUCUAAAGGACUUUUCAGGUCAUUUUUCGAGCCCAUAUGAACCAACGACCAGCAGAGAUUCAAUAGAAGAAUUGGAGAGGAAAAUAUCAACGUUGAAGCAGCAACUGAAUGAUGCUGAAACUGAGCUUGAUAGAAUUAGAAAAGGGAAGCAAAAGGCGUAGAGCCCCCACCACACCCUUUCUUUUCCCCAACUCCCUAUUUUCCUUUGUCUUUUGUUUUUAUUUGUUCAUCUUUUCUUUGAAUUUAUUUUUCGUGAAUUAUAAUCUCGAAAGUGGCAUCCCAGGUUAAACAAUGAUGCGUAGGCUGCUUUUUAAUUAGCUUUUAUUUAUUUUGGAGUAUCCAUUUUCUGGUUAAUAUAUAGUUCAUUCAUUAUUCCAUUU